GCAGUGUGGCGCCUCCCUCCCGGGCCGCUCAGGUUUUAAUUUUUGUUCAAGUUUUUAAUCUGGUGCCAUCGGGCAGAUCAAAGCGAGAAAAUCGGGUAAAAACUGCGCGAUUCGGCGCGCGGCGGCCCAGGGUAUUUAAAUAAUUGGAUAUUUUAUACAACGACUGAUUGUAGAAGAUGGCGAAAUUCCUGACCCCUGUGAUCCAGGAUAAUCCGUUCGGAUGGGGACCGUGUGCAGUCCCAGAGCAGUUCAAGGAUAUGCCCUAUCAGCCGUUCAGUAAGGGCGAUCGGCUGGGAAAGGUUGCUGAUUGGACAGGAGCAACAUAUCAAGAUAAGCGAUACACCAAUAAGUACUCCUCCCAGUUCGGCGGUGGCAGUCAGUACGCCUACUUCCACGAGGAGGACGAGACCAGCUUCCAGCUCGUUGACACUGCUCGCACGCAGAAGACUGCGUACCAGAGGAACCGUAUGAGAUUCGCUCAGCAGAGAAACAUGCGCCGGGAGAAGGAUAGGCGUCAGCUGCUGCAGUUUAACAUGCAGACUCUUCCAAAAAGUGCCAAGCAGAAGGAAAGGGAUCGUUUGCGUUUGCAGAAGAAAUUUCAGAAGCAGUUUGGUGUACGACAGAAAUGGGACCAGAAGAAUCAGCUGAAGCCAAGAGAUUCCUCUGUUGAAGUGCGCAGUGACUGGGAGGUGAAAGAGGAGAUGGACUUUCCUCGGCUGAUGAAGAUGAGAUACAUGGAAGUGGCUGAACCCAGCGACAUAGAGUGCUGCGGUACAUUGGAGUACUAUGACAAGGCUUUCGACCGAAUUACAACCCGGAACGAGAAGUCACUCAGAAGCAUCAAGAGGAUUUUCCACACUGUCACCACCACUGACGACCCAGUCAUCCGUAAGCUGGCCAAGUCCCAGGGGAAUGUGUUUGCAACAGACGCCAUCUUGGCCACUCUGAUGUGCUGCACUAGGUCCGUCUACUCCUGGGACAUCAUCGUGCAACGGGUCGGAUCCAAACUUUUCUUCGACAAACGUGACCACUCAGACUUUGACCUACUAACGGUCAGCGAAACUGCGAAUGAACCCCCUCAAGAUGAAGGGAAUUCUUUCAACUCUCCCCGUAACUUGGCCAUGGAGGCCACUUACAUCAACCACAACUUCUCUCAGCAAUGCCUGAAGAUGGUGAGAAAAGGGUCAUCAAACGAUGGUGUUGAGAAGUACAAGUUCCCGAAUCCAAACCCUUUUGUGGAGGAUGACGUAGACAAGAACGAGGUGGCUUCGGUGGGAUACAGGUAUCGGAGGUGGAAGCUGGGAGAAGACAUUGACCUGAUCGUGCGGUGCGAGCAUGAUGGCGUCAUGACAGGCGCCAACAGUGAAGUGUCCUUCAUCAACGUCAAGACUCUGAACGAGUGGGACUCUCGGUACUGUAAUGGAGUGGAUUGGCGCCAGAAGCUGGACUCUCAGAGGGGAGCUGUCCUGGCCACAGAGUUGAAGAAUAACAGCUAUAAACUAGCUCGAUGGACCUGCUGUGCAUUGCUGGCUGGAUCAGAAUAUCUGAAACUUGGCUAUGUGUCCCGAUUCCACAUCAAGGAUUCCUCUCGUCAUGUGAUCCUGGGCACCCAACAGUUCAAACCCAAUGAGUUUGCCAGUCAGAUUAACCUGAGUAUGGAGAAUGCCUGGGGAAUCCUGCGCUGUGUCAUUGACAUCUGCAUGAAGUUGGAUGAGGGCAAAUACCUCAUCCUGAAAGACCCUAACAAGCAAGUCAUCCGUGUCUACAGCCUUCCCGAUGGCACCUUUAGCUCUGAAGAAGAUGAGGAUGAGGAGGAUGAUGAGGAUGAUGAAGAGGAGGAUGGUGCACAGUGAGGAGUACAGAAAACCCCUGACUCCAUGGAAACCUUUGAUAAAGAGUCACAGAAUUUACCGGGUCUUGCCAACACGACACUGAGAAAGUUCACUCAUAGUGUAGCAUGACAAAGUAUGAAUACAAGUUACUCAUUGUACACUCACUCAAAAAGAAACUCUUCUCAAAUAUGUCCCUCAGUUUUUAUCCAGAGUCCCAAACCCUGCUGGGGUCAUGUUUCUCUGCUGCAUCUUCCCAAGUGCGAGCCCAGUGAUUGUGUUGACAUGCAGUGUGGGGCUGUCACAGCUAAGCCCAAUCUGCCUCUCUUCUCUGGCAAAGGGCCCAAACUCUGAAGUGUUGACCCAUGCCCUCCCUUUACAGCCUCUGGUGGACCUGCUGUGUGUGAGUUGUCCAGCAACCUCUGUCAUUACUUCUGACCUCAGCUGAAAUUCACCCACGCAUUUUGCAGUUGGAGUCAGCGAGAAGUUGAAACUCUGACCUACCCAUCUGUCUCUGUCUUGUCCCUUCUCUCUCUAGCCCUCUCUUUCUCCUCCUUGCUCUCUUUCUCCUCCUUGCUCUCUCUCUCCUUCUCGCGCUCUCUCUCUCUCUCUCUCUUUCUCUCUCUCCUGCUCGCUCGUGCUCCGGGCUACUAGCACCAUUUGCAGCACUGCCCCUCCACCACACAGUCCACCUCAGGUCAGUUAAUGGGGCACAGGCUAGGGGUUAACACUCCGUUUCUCUGACUGUGUCUCCUACAGAGUGAACCCGACAGCUACUUCCUACCAGCCUCUCCUGGAAGAAUAGUGAGAGACAUUUGAUCAAUCUGACAGUCUGCACGACAGGCUUGAGCAUCAUGGUAUUUAAACUCAAAUCCUGACAGCUAAAUCUUCAUAAAACAAUAAAUAGACAAAAAAAUAUUGCUACAAGCUGGUACAAGGGAGCACGUUUUUAAAUGACUGCAGAGUAAACUUAAAAUUGAGUUUGGGAUGAAGAAUCAAAUCUGCUAGAUGGGGCAUUGUAGGUCAAGACAGUAGAGAUGUUUAAAAUUGCAGUUGGGUGCAGGACUGAAAGACACGAGUAGCAUUGUCACCUUUCAAAGGAGAGAUUUUUCACUCCUUUUGUUUCUCUGCUAACUCGUCUUAUUCUUCCCUGCAGCCUUGACUAUUUCCUGGAUUUAAGAUUAACCUGUCUUUCCCCAAUUACAAUGCCUGAAAACUUUGUAAAUCUAAUGCCAGCCUGUAAUGAGGAGCCUCAUUUGAAAUGUGUUCAAGAAAGGAAUUCAUUCAGUCAGACUUGAAGCUUUGAGGGAGGGGUUGAGUUUGUGUACAAAAGAAAUGAGAAUAAAGAUUCCAUUUUGA